UAGAGAAGCUACCACCCGUACACCCCGCCUUCCCACCCACGGGUAAAGUGGCGCCGCCUACGCACAGGCACAGUCCCUGGGCUCCCGCCCCGGCGCGGAGACCACCGUGGACAUCCGGGGGCGGGAGGCCGCUCUGGCCCCAAGUGGAGCCUCUCUCUGGUAGACGAGCCCGAGGGAGCCCUUCUGGGCGCGGCGCCGCUGAGCUGCUCUAUGCUCCAACCGGAAGUGCUCUUCACCGCCGGCCUCCCACCCAGCUCUCUGGUCCCGGCGGUAAGAUGGCGGCUGCCGCGGAGUGCGAUGUGGUAAUGGCGGCGACCGAGCCAGAACUGCUCGACGACCAAGAGGCGAAGAGGGAAGCAGAGACUUUCAAGGAACAAGGAAAUGCAUACUAUGCCAAGAAAGAUUACAAUGAAGCUUAUAAUUAUUAUACAAAAGCCAUAGAUAUGUGUCCUAAAAAUGCUAGCUAUUAUGGUAAUCGAGCAGCCACCUUGAUGAUGCUUGGAAGGUUCCGGGAAGCUCUUGGAGAUGCACAACAGUCAGUGAGGUUGGAUGACAGUUUUGUCCGGGGACAUCUACGAGAGGGCAAGUGCCACCUCUCUCUAGGGAAUGCCAUGGCAGCAUGUCGCAGCUUCCAGAGAGCCCUAGAACUGGAUCAUAAAAAUGCUCAGGCACAACAAGAGUUCAAGAAUGCUAAUGCAGUCAUGGAAUAUGAGAAAAUAGCAGAAACAGAUUUUGAGAAGCGAGAUUUUCGGAAGGUUGUUUUCUGCAUGGACCGUGCCCUAGAAUUUGCCCCUGCCUGCCAUCGCUUCAAAAUCCUCAAGGCAGAAUGUUUAGCAAUGCUGGGUCGUUAUCCAGAAGCACAGUCUGUGGCUAGUGACAUUCUACGAAUGGAUUCCACCAAUGCAGAUGCUCUGUAUGUACGAGGUCUUUGCCUUUAUUACGAAGAUUGUAUCGAGAAGGCAGUUCAGUUUUUCGUACAGGCUCUCAGGAUGGCUCCUGACCACGAGAAGGCCUGCAUUGCCUGCAGAAAUGCCAAAGCACUCAAAGCAAAGAAAGAAGAUGGGAAUAAAGCAUUUAAGGAAGGAAAUUACAAACUAGCAUAUGAACUGUACACAGAAGCCCUGGGGAUAGACCCCAACAAUAUAAAAACAAAUGCUAAACUCUACUGUAAUCGGGGUACGGUUAAUUCCAAGCUUAGGAAACUAGAUGAUGCAAUAGAAGACUGCACAAAUGCAGUGAAGCUUGAUGACACUUACAUAAAAGCCUACUUGAGAAGAGCUCAGUGUUACAUGGACACAGAACAGUAUGAAGAAGCAGUACGAGACUAUGAAAAAGUAUAUCAGACAGAGAAAACAAAAGAACACAAACAGCUCCUAAAAAAUGCGCAGCUGGAACUGAAGAAAAGUAAGAGGAAAGAUUACUACAAGAUUCUAGGAGUGGACAAGAAUGCCUCUGAGGAUGAGAUCAAGAAAGCUUAUCGGAAACGGGCCUUGAUGCACCAUCCAGAUCGGCAUAGUGGAGCCAGUGCUGAGGUUCAGAAGGAGGAGGAGAAGAAGUUCAAGGAAGUUGGAGAGGCCUUUACUAUCCUCUCUGAUCCCAAGAAAAAGACUCGCUAUGACAGUGGACAGGACCUAGAUGAGGAGGGCAUGAACAUGGGUGAUUUUGAUCCAAACAAUAUCUUCAAGGCAUUCUUCGGCGGUCCUGGCGGCUUCAGCUUUGAAGGUAGGUGGGCCUGCUGUUCUUGGGAAUUCCCAGAUCACGAGCCAACACACUCACUGCCUCUUAGGCAGCUCUUUGGGAGUCAGAGGGGCCCAUGAGUGGGGGCAGCUGAAUUCUCAUCUAGCAGGGCAUCUAUCCACUUGGCUGUUGCUAAAGAUGAAGACAGGAAGGUUCCCAGGCACCCCUUGCCUUGGGACCUUUAGCCACUGCAUCUCUGCAGGGUCAGGGAGACAUCUCUGACUGCCUAGUACCAAGGCUUCUCUGCAAGAGCAAAGGGUACUAUAUAGAUAAUGCUGAGGUCAGAAGCUACCCAUGUAUAAUAUAGUCACAUGCUCCCUCUUGCACCCAAAAACAGCGCCUGAGCUGUUUGAUACCCAUAGUUUCUCUCUGUGUUUGAGUUUGAAGCAGCCCUUGAAGACUUUUCCAUAAUCAGAGCAAAGUGAUCUUCCCUAGAAUUAAUCCAUAGCCAACUACCAACCCCUCUUUUCUCUUUCAGCAUCUGGUCCAGGGAAUUUCUUUUUUCAAUUUGGCUAAUGAAGGGCAACCACCCAGAACCCAGAAAAUGCAGAUUCACUCAGUUUAAUCUUGAAUGUGGAAACAGUUCACCUCCUCCCUUCAUCACGUCUCCGUGUACUUAGAGCAGUUUCGUUUUCUCAGUUGGAUGCCCUGUGUCUCUGUGAGUGGGGUGGAGCAAAGGGAACCAGUGCCGAAGACUGCGGGCAGGGGAGGGAGGCGGGCGUGGACAGGGAGGCAGCUUGUGAAUUUUUGUUUUACUGUUUAACUUUAUUAAAAAAGAAGAAAAAAAGAAGAGAAUAAAAUGUUUUGACCCUUUCUGGCCCUUUGCUCUGGCAUCUGCUUUGUCUCCAGAGUCUGUGAGCCAGAGCUGAGCCCGACCUGGACUUGGGGUGCAGCAAGCUGCCGCAUGCGGGCUGUGGGCACCGAGCCUGGUGGCGGGUGGGGUACUCUGCCUCUCCCAGACCUGUCCAGCAUGUGAGUGCUAGGCAGGCCCUGGCUGUGCCUCUGGGCCCAGCCUAACAUCAGUCACGGAGAAGCGAGUUCAGAAAGCAUGCUCACUUUACAGUGGGGCCCCAGAAAUCACUAGAAGCUGUGUGCGUCCAAAGCUCAGGUGGGUACUGACCUAGACAGGGCAGUUUACUUACAAAGACUCUCACAGUUCCUAUUGCAGUGUGGGUUUGAGGGAGAUGGUAGACAGAGAUAAAAUCCUGCCUCCUGACCCCCAGACCCGUUUGAGGUGGGACAGGUGGCUCCAGAGCUCUGGUCUGGCCACUCACUAUUUUUCGCAAAAGCCCCUGGCCUUCUCUGCUCCCUUUCUGCAUGCAGGAGACACGCUGCUCACGGAUGCAGCGGCAUGUACCAUGCUGUCCUGUCAAGUGUGGUGUUCAAGGUGAGUAGCCUUCCCAGGAGCUCUAGGCAGAGACUUGAAGCUCUAGCUAAAGUUCAGAGAUGGCCAGGGAAAGGCCUUGACUAGAAAGGUAACUAACUUAGGAUUUCUCUUCAUCCGAGCUCCUGCCCCCUUCUUUCAAGUCUUCCCCGGCUGGUGCCUUAGUCAUGGUGAAAUGAUGCCUGAGUCAGGCCUGGGAAGUUUCCCAUGUGGCUGACUAGGCCUCUGAUGGCCUGGAAGGGACUCAAAUGUUAGGUCUUCCCUGGUGCUUGAAGUUGCAGUGACCUGCAGGUGGCCUUCCCUAGAGAACUGGGAGAAACCCAUACCAGGAGCUUUGGGUCUUACUGAGCUCUUUCUGAUCCAGUGGGCUGGGGACACCUGUGGGCCUGGUGCCCUGGUUAAUGGAAGAUGAGAGGCUUUUGUGCGCCACGUCCCUCGUACCCAGCCAACCCCCACCUUCUGUAUGAGUCUGAGGCCAGCCUCUGCUUUCUGCCUCCUCAUGAAAGCCAACACUGUUCAGCUGCCCAACCUCACCACAGCUGUGCCCGGCCAGCAGAGGGGAGACAGGACCGAUGGCCCCAAGCUGUGGGACAAAGCCAGUCCUAAUAUACCCAGCCCUAGGGAAGACUGAGCUGGGCACAGAAGGGUAAGAGAGACUGCACACAGCUAGGAUUAACAUGAUUUAUUUCAUUAUCAGUCUUACAAGUUGCCGAGGUUGGGCAAAGCCAGGAUAGUAACUUAAAUCCAAAGCACUUUUGUUGAGUGACAACCCAAUUAGCAAGGCCCUGUUACUGAACAGAGGGCAGUGGAGGGCACCCCAGGAACCACAGCACACAGACCAGUGUUAGAAACCCCUUCUCAGAAGCAACCGGUGGGACUUGGCCCUUACCAGCCAGGGGUCUACUCCAUUGGCUCUUGGUGCCCACCAGCCCCCGUUAGAGGAGGCCCAGAGGCCUCCAGAGGCACCAUGGAGGCAAGAUGGGCUGGGUAGAGAGCAGGACUGGAACUUCCUCACCAGGGUGCUGCCUCUGGCCCCGAUCUCCCCAUCCACACAGCGGAGCCACGCCACUGGAAAGGACGGCCAGUCCAGCCCCUUCCUGGAGUGAGGCCCCCAGGCAGCGGGGAUGUGGCGGCUGCUUAACUGUUCUGCUUUCUUCCCUAGUUAUCAAACUGUUACCUAGUUAUGGUGUGAAGGGGAGGGGGCAGGGACUUAGGACCAAAGGUGGGAGGUAAGCUCUUUUUUCUACCCUGGUAAAUAGACCCAGCCUUCUUGGGGCUACACUGAUUAAGAAAUGGGAUCACUCAGGAGGAUUGCUUGAGCCCAGGAGUUCGAGGCUGCAGUGAGCCAUGAUCACACCACUACACUCCAGCUUGGGAAAUAGCAGGACCCUGUCUCUAAAAACAAAGAAAGAAAAAAGACAAGGAGAUGGAAUCAAAGCCCAGAGGUCCUCCCCUUCUCAGAGCCACCACUAGUUCUCUGUGACCAUGGAAAACUACCCCCUGCCCCACUGCCUUUUGUCUCUGGUCAGUGGGUUUUGAGGGGCUCUGAGGUGUCUCCCCACUCACCCAGCUCUGGGCAGAGCAGCUGGGCUGGGCUGGGCUGGGGCUGAGCAAACCAGAACCUGGAAGUAGGGCUCGGGGUUCUGGCUGUGGCCCCACGCCUGGCUUGGCCCAGCCUCGUUAGCUUUGGUCCAGGUUCCUGAAUGGUGCCUCCCUGCCCACCUUGUGUUGGGAGUGUGAGCAUUAGAGGGGAAGAGGACGGACAGGAAGGGAGGGUCAGUUAUUUUACAAGUUUUUAAAAAGUUAUAGGUAGGUUAACUUUGAGUAAAAAAAAAAAAAAAAAAA